AUGGAUGAUGCUUGCACGGCAGGCACCGGCAGCGUGUGCUGGCUCUGUGAGGGCCGGGACAGCGCCGCCUGCGUCAUAUGCGGGCCCCCUUCUGUUGCCCAAACGUGUGGCCAGACGAGCACCCUAGUCGGCCAGGAUGGCUGGUGCUGCGACGACUCCCGGGAUGAGAGGUUUGGAAACUGGACGUACUCCUCCGUAGAGGAUAUUAACCUUCAACUCUUGAGCGACUCCGAGGCUCUCCUUCGACAAGGGGAUGCAUCUGGGUCCUUUGAGCGCGCUGAGCAAUGCAGCCGCGGCAUGGAGGAGCGGUUGAGCGAAGGCAGAGGCGGCCGCCUUGAUUUCCAGGCAGCAGCGGCCAAACCCGGUGAACUUGAGAUGCUGUGCCUGGGCCAGGUGCAGCGAAUCAGGUCAAGCCUUGCCCAGCAGAACUAUCCCAGAGUGGUGGAAGAUACGAAGAAGUUCUCAAAGUUGCAUGAAGAAAUAGUCAGUGGCGGCGCGCCGGACAUUCUCCACAAGUUUGAGAAGCAGGUGACUGGAGCCUUGGUCGUUGACCACAUCGAGGUGCUUGGAGCAGCGGCAGAACUUGCCAUCCAGUGCAGGGACAGGGUAGCGCGUGGCUAUGCCCCAAAGACAGUCCUGGACCAUGCUUCCAAGGCCGUGACGGGUCUCCAGCCGCUGCCUGCCAAUGACUUUCCCGGACUCGGGUUUUUGCGUGCGCACCUGCAUGUUUCUCGUGCGCAAGCUUACCUGGAAUUGGAGUUGUGGGAGCAGGCCAAGGAGGACGCCAGCGCAGCAAUGCGCUGUGAUCCUUCAGUUCCCGAGGCGAGAUACCUGCUCAAGGCAGCAGAGUGUGAGAGCUGGUAG